AUGAUUCAAAUCCUUCUACCGCUCUUGUUUAUUUUGAGCACUGUUUUUGCAUUUGAUAUAAACUCAAAAACUAAUGUUGCUGUCUAUUGGGGUCAAAAUUCUGCUGGUUCUCAGAAAUCCCUUGCUAGCUAUUGUCAAAAUACAGAAGCAGACAUUUUUCUCCUAUCCUUCAUGAACUCAUUCCCAGCUAUCGGGCUAAAUUUUGCCGAUGCCUGUACUACCACAUUUCCAGAUGGCUUGCUACAAUGUUCUCAAAUUGCUGAAGAUAUUAAGACCUGUCAAUCUUUGGGUAAGAAGGUCUUAUUAUCAAUGGGUGGUGCAUCCGGUGCUUACGGUUUCGCGGAUGAUGCCCAGGCUGAAGCAUUUGCUACUACUCUAUGGAACACAUUUGGUGAGGGCUCAGAUAUUUCAGUUGAGCGUCCAUUUGGCCAAUCCAUUGUAGACGGUUUUGAUUUUGAUAUUGAGAACAAUAAUGGUAAAGGUUAUGCCGCUCUAGUAUCAAAACUAAGGCAACUGUUCAGCAAUGGCUCUAAACAAUAUUAUAUUUCUGCGGCUCCACAAUGUCCAUACCCAGAUGCCUCAGUUGGUGAUUUAUUGGCUAACGCUGAUGUGGAUUUCGCUUUCAUUCAGUUCUAUAAUAACUACUGCAAUGUUGAGGCACAAUUCAACUGGGACGACUGGAAGAAUUUCGCUAUCAACACUUCACCAAAUAAAAACAUUAAAUUGUACUUAGGUCUUCCAGGUGCACCAUCUGCUGCUGGCUCAGGUUAUAUUUCUAACCUUGACAAUUUAUCAAAAGUAAUAAAAGAAAUAUCUAGUUUAGCAAAUUUCGGUGGUAUCUCUUUGUGGGACGCAUCUCAAGCCACAUCAAACGUUAUCGAUGGUGCUGAUUAUCUGUCUCAAAUGAAAAACAUACUUAAGAGUGCUGCUGGUAGCACUGAGACACCUACUACAUCUUCAAGCUAUUCUAUGCCUUCCAAUCUAAUCACUAACACUGGCGAACAAAGUUCAUCUGUUUUAGUUUCUUCUGUAGAGCGUACAACCACCACAUUAGAGCCAACUUCAAUUAUUUCUUCUAGCAGUUUUAGUGACUCUGCGCCUACACCUACCAACUCUCAUAUUACCACUACGCUUCAACCAAAUACUAACACACCACCUGCAGCGGCUCAAGAUUCUUCAGCUAAUGUUCAAGUUUCGGUAACUCCUAGUACAACCACGACUACACCUGAUAGUCCAUCUAAUCAUUUGAAUGAUGUUUCCCCAACCCCUUCAACUCCAGCUCCUUCAUCUCCUGCUAAUCCUUCUCCAGACACUCCCGCUCAUACGAUAGCUAAACAAUUGAAUGCGCAAUAUGCCGCCGGUCAAUUCAAUGGUAAAUCUUCCUGUCAAGAUGGUGAAUUAUCUUGCUCUGCAGAUGGUAAAUUCGCUAUGUGUGCUCAUGGUAGCUGGGUUGAGAUGGCAUGUGCCGCCGGAACAACUUGCUACGCUUAUGAUAGCGGAAAUUCAGUCUUUACUCAGUGUAAUUAUGUUGAUUUAAAGGCAUCAUUUGUUUAA